AUGGUGUAUCAUUCAGAGCAUAGUUGGGCCUUAGUUACAGGUGCAUCUGAUGGAAUUGGCAAAGCUACUGCUCUGGAACUUUCGUCACGUGGCUUUAGAGUUAUUCUUCAUGGACGUAAUCGUACGAAAUUAGAGAUGGUAGCCAAAGAAUUGAAAGGCGAAAGCAAAAUUUUUGUCAUGGAUGGGUCAAAAUUUACUCUAGAUGAUAUUGAAAGAAUGAAACAAGAAAUUGGUGUAUUAGAAAUCAGUGUUUUAAUCAAUAAUGUGUCUAUUGCUAAUGAUUUUCAACCACUUGAUGAACUUUCAUCUGAAAAUAUUGAUUCAAUUAUUCGAUUGAAUAUUUCAUUUGUAACACAUUUAAUUCGAAUUGUUUUACCCUCUCUUAAACGUCAAACACAUUCUUUAAUUAUUAACAUUGGAUCCUAUGCUGGAAUUUAUCCACCAGGUCUUCUCUCUGUUUAUGCAAGUAGUAAAUCUUUUCAACAUAGUUUAUCAGAAUCUCUCCGUCGAGAAUCACCACCAGGAAUGCGAGUAGAACUUCAUUUGGCUGGUUCAGUCGUUUCAUCAAGUAAUCGUGCUGAACAAACCUUUAUGAGACCUACUUCGAACAUAUUUGCAAAAGCUGUUUGCGAUCAUGUCGGCGCAACAAAUAUCAUCGCUCCAUAUUGGCCACACUCGAUUCUUAUUUGGAUAUUCAGUAUAAUGCCAAGCAGUUGGAUUGACUUCAUUUCCAAGAAAACUUUAGGAAGUAUUAAAAAUGAAUAA